CUGUAGUCAUAGAUAAUCAUAUAACAAAAAAAAUAUUGUAGUAAUUAGUAGUAUAUAUUUUUUUUUUAUAGUACUCUACUACAUUGUCUACAUUGGCGAAUGGCCGUGGCCUGCGAUUAACGGUUUCACAGACUCGGCAUAGUCGGUCUGUAUUCUGUACAGUGUACACUACGGACAACAGAGUACACGUCUUCUAUAGUUCUAUACCAUGAUUAACUAACUGAACAGUUCUAUACGUCAUUAAAAAUAAAAUUCAAAUUGUGAUGCCGUGGCCCGUGACCACGUCUUACCUYUUCGAGUAUUCCAUGAUAACAACUGAUUUUAGAAAUAAAAAAUAUUCGAGUUUGAUAACAAAAUGAUAACAUAUUAUCAUUUUUAUUUAAUACUUUUUACAAUCAAGCCUAUUUACUCACACAGUUUUUUAGUUGUCUAUUUAGUAUUUACCAUCUAUAUACUAUCUAUUUUAUAAAAUGGCUAAUUUCAAUAAUCCCGAAGAGAUUAUUCACCAUUAUAAAAUUAUACUAAAUAAAACAAAAAAAAAAUUAUUUAGAAAGCUAAAUACUCUGGAGCCUAGUGAUCAAUUCGGUAAACUAGCUAAUUUUUGUCAAAAAAAUGAUAAACAUGAUUAUGCUGCAUUGUGUUGGCAAGCUGUGGCUAAAUGUGAAGAGUCGAUGGGUCACAACUGUGAACAAGGUCUCGCUCAUCAAAAAGCAGCCCGCCAGUUUUUUUCAGAAUUUAAGAAGACUGAAUCAUCUGGUUUGAUAUCUCCUUAUAAUGAACAUUUACAUGCUGGACUAAGUGAAAUGCGACAUGCCGAGGAUAGUUGGCAAGGGAAUCCCUUUGAAAAUAUUUUGAAAACUUCGAUUCGUCUAGAAACAGCUGAAACUCUUGUAUGUUUAGGUAAAUUAGACGAUGCGGCUUUUAUCGGAAGUAGUAUGAUUGAUGUGCCUCAUGAAAGCCAUACACUUAAAUUGGCUAUCCUUGAACAAAUAACUUCCAUUCAAAUUCUUUCUGAAGAUUAUGAAGGUGCUUUGUUAACAUUCACAGAAAUAGCAAAUACUAUUUCUUUCAUAGACAAUGAAACCAUCGGCAUUUAUAAUGAUAUUUUAUUCAGAUGUGAAAUAUCACGGGUAUUUUUACUACUUAUACUAAAACCCACUCGCCAAAAAAUGCCUAGUGAUUUAGCUUCAGUAUUAGAGAAAUACAUGUGGAUUAAUGGAAAUUUUGAUUCUCCAGUUUCUUAUAUAUCAGAUAUAAUGUUCCGUCUUCUCCGUUCUUUGGUUAAGGCAUACCAACUUGGUGAAACUACCUGCUUAGGUACAAUUGAAUCUGAUUUUACUCCUCACUUAACAUCCGAACAAAGACAUUUGUUAGCAGUGUUAAUCAAUACACUGACAUAGCUUAACUUUUUUGUAUACUAUAUAAUUAUAUUUGAUAUUUAUUGUUUUUAAAGAUAAAUUUUAA